CUCUCAGGAGGGUUCUUGGCUCUUGGUGACAUGAGACUCAACAGGCUGGUUUGAAGACUGGCCCUGUGGUGCUCUGAGUGUGUGGUCUGUGCCCCCCACUGCCCUCAGUGUUACUGCAGAGGCCCCCAGCCUGAGACGGGAUGCAGCGGUUUCUGAUGCUGCUGGAGGAGAGCGAGAGCAGGCCCGACCGGCCACCCCCGGCUGAGCUGGUGGCCUUGGCCGGAAGGCUGUGCCGGGACCUGGAGGAUGACCUGGACCAGGCAGGGCCCCUGGUGGAGGCUGUGCUGAGGAGCCCGCUCCGCCUGUACCUGCUAGAAAGCGAGGCUGUGAUCCUGGUGUGCGUGCUCGUCCUGGACCGGCGGGAGCAGCACCAGGCGGCCUGCAAGCUGCUGGAGGGCUGCCGGGUGCCCGGGGGCAGCUUGGAGCUGGUGGAGGCCUGGAAUGACAUCCACUACCACAUGACCAUGAGGAGGCUGGGCGUGGACACACUGAGCCCCCUGCAGACCUUCCGCUGCAGGAAGAAGAACCCACCGCCCCCGUCCCUCUGUCCCGAGGGCCUGAGGAGCCGGCACUUCUCCGGGGACGUGCGCAAGAAGUUGCGGGAUUUCGCCUUGGCCGUGAGCCCCUACCCGGACAAGGCCCAGCGGGACACCUUGUCGUUGGAGACCAGCCUGUCGGCUGAGCAGGUCUACAAUUGGUUUGCCAAUUACCGCCGGAGACAGAAAGCUCUCCUGCAGCGUUCGGAGCCAGACCCAGGGACCGCAACCCAGGAUGGGCAUGCUGCCUCUGGGAGUGCUCCAAAGCCCCCUGGCCCCUCAGGGGACCCCUGUGCUGACCCUGAGGGUGUGGUGAGGCCCCAGUGGCCAGGACUUGCAGAAACCGCGUCUCCGCAGACCAUGGAGACCUCCCGGGGACUAUGGGCACCGCUGGCCCCUGCCUCAGGCUUUCCUGAAAUACCUGCAGAGCCAGCAGCUCCCAGGUACUGUGCCCAAGGGACCCAGAUCCCCACACUGGCUGGAGUCUCUUUCCAGACUCUGGCCGAGGAGCCUCAGCCCACGGGAAGUAGUGUUUGCUGUGUCAGCAGGUCCCUGCCACGUGGUGAGAUGGACCAGGAGGGGUCUGCCCAAGACCCUGUCCCCUUCGUCCCUGUCUACCCUGGCCCAGGAUUCUGCCCUCUGGCUGCUGGCAGCAUCGCAGCGGGUCCGUCUCCAGAUCCUCCAAGGUCGUGGCUGAUGACACUGGCAACGGUGUCCUCCGGAGAAGCCUCUCUCCAGAUGAGGGGCCCAGUCCCCAGCCAGGAGCUGGGCUUCACCAUGUCCUGUCCCGACGCAGCCCUAGCAGUUUCCCCAGGAUUCACUGACACGCCCGGCGGGAACCCCCAGACCAUGUGUCUGGAGGAAGGCCCAGGUACCAGUGGUGGACACGUGGGGCUACAGGCCGGGAGCUUCCUGGGGACACAGCCUGCAUUGCCACCUCUGGAGUUCAUCCUUCCCCAAAGACCAGAGACGGCCCCGGCCAUGUCCUCCUUCCCUGGAGUCGGAGUCACGUCUGCUGUGGCGCUGAGCCCGCCCCUGCUUUCCAGCCAGGUGCAGCGGUCUGCUGGCCAAGCCUCCAGUGAUGCCGUCUGGGGGGGCGCCGAUGCUCUGUGACUUCUCCGGCAGCAAUCUGGACCAAGCUUCUCUUGGGGCGGUGGCUGGCACUUCAGGGGGAGCACCUGUGAAUCGUCUGGAUGUUGAAGACAAGCUGCAGCUUCUGAUCCACAGAAGAAGCAGCUUCCAGAGCUCCUUGAGAAACACAGCGGUGACCUGCACACGGCUGUGUUACAUAGUUUGAUCUUGGACUAGUUUGGUAUUUGAGACUGUUCCUGAGGUCACACGGUAAAGGCAGUUCAGUUUCACUCAGGCACGGACAGACCAGAGUUCACACUGGACAAGAUCUGAUCAGUUCACACCUUUCUCUAGGGAGCCACUGCCAGCCACCUUCUCACCUGCCCUGUGGCGCAAGGCCAAACCUCCCCCAGUUCUCUUUGUGGUUGUCAACGCUCAACAUGUGUCUGUUUUGAUUGCUUCUCUGAGAAACCUAGCGGCAAGCCCUUUGGUGAUGGCCCAGGUA